AUUAAAUAAAAUUCCAUAAUGAAUACUUACAAAAGCCCAUUCCGAGCAAGUAAGUGGCACAAAAGUAAGAUUCCAGAUGUUGCAAAGGCUCUGAAGUCAUUUAAAACCAAAGAUUUACUGUCCAAAAAGAGUUCAAUUGCUCAGCCAGCAGAUUUGGAGCCCCGAGACUCUAAUAAUCUUAACAAAUACCACAUAAGUGAGGAUAAAGAAAAAAUUCAACAAAUAAGACAUGAGAAAGCCCACAAAAAUAAGAAAAAUUAUCAUGCAGAGAAAGAGAAUGAGAGUGAUGAAAUGAGUCCUCAAUUUGAAGAUGUUUCCGAACAUCAUGGAUCUAACCUUAAAUCCAAAGUUCGAAAUUUCUGGGAAGAUCCAAGAAUGUUUCAGAUACCUCAGUUGAACCUUGACAGCAAUCGUCCGUCUACUAGAAAGUCAAAGGAAGAGAAUGGCCAAGCUAAAGAAUCAUUUUCUCGAAAAUUUGUUAGAGAGUUUUGGAGAAUAAUCCACAAGCAAAACCAAAGAAUUGACAAUCUCUUGAAUUUGAAUAGUGAGCUGAAACAUAAAGUAGAUUCAGGCUACAAAGAGUUUGUAUAAAUUAUAAAAGAAAGGCUAGUUACCAGAUAG